UUCUCGGAGUCGUCAUCCUCUCCGUCUCCUACCACUCUCCUCUUCUCUCCUCGCAAUGUCUUUCUUCGACAUAAACGAGUCAACUCUCUCUCUCUCUCUCUCUCUCUCUCUCUCUCUCUCUCCCCUCUUCUCCCCCAAAUCCGCUGCGUCUCCAAAUCGCACACGACGAUCGAAAGGGAUUCGCGAUCGGAAUUGGGGGAAUCGGAUCUCUUCGACGAAGAACCGCAACAGAUCUUAAGAUCGAAGAGUAAAAGGUUUUGCUCAAGAUAUGGCAGAGGACUUGGAGGGAGAUUUUAACUAUGAUGACCAAUAUAGUGAGAGAUUUCAUGAGAAAGCAUUUGAUGCAUUCAUUUGCCCGCUCACAAAGCAGAUCAUGCAGGAUCCGGUUAUUAUAGAAAGUGGGUGUACCUUCGAGCGAGAAGCAAUUACAAAGUGGUUUCGAGAGUGUGUUGAUAGUGGAAAGAAGCCCAUCUGCCCUUUAACUCAGAAAGAACUUCACAGUACCGAUCUAAAUCCUAGUAUAGCCCUACAGAAUGCCAUCGAGGAAUGGACACGGAGGAACGAAGCUGUAGAACUUAAUAGAGCUAGUACGUCGCUGACUCCGGGAGGUUUGGACAGAGAAAUUUUAUGGGCUUUAGGGUACAUUGUGCACUUUUGCCGGAAAAACGAUGCAAACAAGAAUGCUGUGCGGGAUUUAGGAUUCAUACCGAUGAUUACUGAGAAGCUGAAGAAUAGCAGCAGAACAGUGCGUUCUAAAGCACUAGAGACUCUUAGAGUUAUAGCAGAAGACAAUGAUGAAAAUAAGGAAGCUGUGGGAGCAGAAGAUUCCAUUCGCACAAUUAUAAAGUUCUUAUCUCAAGAACCUUCUCAGGAUAGAGAACUAGCUGUGUCACUGUUAUAUGAGCUAUCAAAAUCCGAAAUUCUUUGUGAAAAGAUUGGAAGUGUCUAUGGGGCAAUUCUUAUACUGGUCGGUAUGGCGAGUAGCAAAUCUGAGAACAUCUCAACUGUCGAGAAAAUACUCGACAAUCUGGAGAAGAGUGAGGAAAACAUCAAGCAAAUGGCAGAGAAUGGUAGACUGCAGCCUCUUCUUACUCUACUCCUUGAAGGCUCACCUGAAAGGCAGCUGUCGAUGGGUUCUUACCUUGGCGAACUAGUUUUGGCGAACGAUGUGAAGCUCUUCGUUGCCCAAACAGUCGGCUCCUCCCUAGUUAAUGUUAUGAAAAGCGGGAGCAUCCAGGCAAAAGAAGCUGCUCUAAAAGCACUUAACCAGAUAUCUUCAAAUGAGGCAAGUGCGAAGGUACUAAUCGAAGCAGGUAUCCUCCCUCCUCUUGUCAAAGACCUCUUCACCGCCGGCAUAAAGCAACUUCCAAUGCGGUUAAAAGAGGUCGCAGCAUCAAUUCUAGUUAAUCUUGUGUCUUCUGGGGCCGAUUUUGUGGUCAUCCCUCUAGAUGACAACAAUCAAACUCUAGUCUCCGACGAGACUGUCCACAACUUACUCCAUCUCAUUAGAAACACUGGCCCCGCAAUCGAGUGCAAGCUUCUCCAAGUCCUUGUCGAGCUAACUGGUUCCCCACAUCUAGUAACGGACAUUGUCACCGCCGUCAAGAGCUCUGGCGCGACUAUCAGUUUAAUUCAGUUCAUCGAAGCUUAUCAAAAGGAUAUCCGUGCGGCGUCUCUAAAACUCUUGAGAAAUAUCUCACCCUACAUGGGCAACGAGCUAGCCGAUGCCCUAAGAGGCAGUCCUGGCCAUCUCGGCAGCUUAGUUAAGGUCAUCUCCGAGAGUGACACGAUAUUCGAAGAACAGGCGGCUGCUGCGGCUCUCUUAGCUGACCUUCCUAAUAGAGACACAGGCUUAACGAGGCAGCUUUUGGAGAAGGGGGCUUUCCGAAUAGCCGCUUCUAAAGUGGUAAGUAUCAGAAAUGGAGAAACUCGCAUCAACCGCUAUACAGACCCUUUUUUCGAAGGGCUUGUGGUAGUUCUCUCGAGGGUAACAUACGCUUUGCAAGAUGAACCAAGGUGUGUCGCCCUUGCUCGCGAGUAUAAUGUCGCAGCACUUUUUACCGAUCUCCUACAGAUGAAUGGACACGAUAAAGUACAAAUAGUCGCGGCUUCGGCAUUGCAGAACCUUUCUCAAGAAUCUAGACGUUUAACCCGAAUUAUCAAGCCCCCACCGCCGCCCGGGUUAUUCAAGAGAUGCUGCAUGAAGCCGCCACUUCUUGAUGAGAUCUGCCCCCUACACAAGGGCAUAUGUUCAGUGAGGGAGAACUUCUGCUUAUUAGAGGGCAAAGCAGUGGAGAAGCUGGUCUCUUGCUUGGAACAUCGAAAUGAGAAGCUUGUAGAGGCUUCAUUAGGAGCACUGUGCACCAUAUUGAAUGAUGGAGUCGACAUUGCCGAGGGUGUGUUGGCACUGUGCCAGGCUGAAGGGAUUCGUCCGGUACUUGAUAUUUUGAUCGAGAAUCGCACCGAGUUGCUUCAGCAGAGAGCGGUUUGGGCCGUCGAGAGGAUUCUGAGGAUCGACGAAAUUGCUAAGGAAGUUGCAGGGGAUCCGACCGUAGCGUCCGCGCUGGUCGAAGCUUUCCGGAAUGCGGACUUUGUGACUCGGCAGAUCGCAGAGCGAGCUCUGAAGCAUACUGAGAAGCUCCCGAAUUUUUCUGAUACACUUCAGAAGAUUGGUUGAUGUGAACAGAAGGUGUUUGAGGAUUGUUUUGUUUGUAAAGCGUGUAUGAUUACUUUGUUUUUUUAAUAGCCUCUUAUUUGUUGUUUGUUCUUUCAGUUUGUUUAUAAAUCUUUUCUGUAAUAAUGGAUUUAUAUAAUUUGAGGGUUUUUUUUUUAAUUUUGAA